AUUUCGAAACUAACUUUUACUUUGUACCUUUUUCAUUUGUUACAAGUUCCUUGAAUUCAAUGGAAUUGUUAUUUGGUCGCAAAAAGACCCCGGCCGAGAUGCUUCGCCAGCAUCAGCGGUCAAUUACAAAAGCUCAGCGAGAACUCGAUCGUGAACGAACCAAACUUGAACGCCAAGAAAAAACCUUGAUUGCCGACAUUAAGAAAUCUGCCAAAGCAAACCAAAUGGGUGCUUGUAAAGUUAUGGCCAAGGACCUUGUUCGUACGCGUCGCAAUGUUCAAAAGUUCUACCAAAUGAAAACUCAACUUCAAGCAGUAGGACUUCGUAUCCAGACAUUGCGAUCGAAUCAACAAAUGGCAGAGGCUAUGCGUGGCGCCACAAAGGCCAUGUCUUCAAUGAACCGUCAAAUGAAUCUUCCAAAGAUUCAAAACAUUAUGAUGGAGUUUGAACGAGAGAGUGAGCUGAUGGACAUGAAGGAUGAGAUGAUGGGAGAUGCUAUUGAUGAUGUUGUGGAUGAGGAAGAAGAUGAAGCUGAGAGCGACGAGAUUGUAAACCGAGUUUUGGAUGAGAUUGGAAUUAGCAUGAACCAAGAACUGUCCGAGACACCUACUGGAAUUCAUGUGGCCUCUACCCCUGCCAUGGCGCAUGAACGUGUGGCCCAAGCAGAGGGCGGUGAUUUGUCGGCGGACGAUGCUGCCCUUCAAGCAAGACUGAACAACUUGAGAAGAGAGUAAAACAAAAUGAGAAGAAAGAAAGGACUCAUUUUAUACAUAUACAUAUCUUCUUUAAAGUGAUAUACAUAUCUUCUCUCUUACUCCUUCCAUUUCUCAUCUUAGUCUAUCCAGUUUAUCCCACCUUAUCUUGUCUUACUCUACAUUAUCCUUACCCUACUCUCUCUCUCUCUCUCUUUCUCUUUUUUUUUUUAGUUUUAACAUAUAAUAAAUAAUUAAAUCUAU